AUGCAGAAAAACCCUAUGAAUGUACACAGUGUGGUAAAGCUUUCAAAUGUCACUGUUACCUUCAAGUACAUGAAAGAGGUCAUGCUGGAGAAGAGCCGUAUGAAUGUAAACAAUGUGGUAAUGCCUUCAGAAGUUGCAAUUACCUUCGCAUCCAUGAAGGAACUCAUGAAAAACUCUACCAGUGUAAACAGACUGGACAUGAAAAAACUCAUGCUGAAAGAAAACUCUAUGAAUGUAAACAAUGUGACAAAGCCUUCAGAAGUCACAGUAAUCAUAGAGUACAUGAAAAAACUCACACUGAAGGAAAACCCUAUGUGUGUAAGCAGUGUGGUAAAGCCUUCGGGGCUUUCAGUUAUUUUAGAGCACAUGAAAGAACUAAUGCAGAAGGAAAACCCUAUGAAUGUAAACAAUGUGUGUAAACAGUGUGGUAAGAUUCUUAGCUGUUCCAGUUUCCUGCAACUACAUGAAAGAACUCACACUGGAGUAAAACCCUAUGAAUGUAAACAGUGUGAUGACAGUGACAAAUGGGAUGAACCAAAAGGCAACAUAGUGCUGGGAAGUUGUGAUGGAGAACAGAAGCAUGUCAAUCACUCCCUCCAUGACCAGGUUACAUUGUGA